AUAUACUGUGAUAGUGAAUUCAUGCAUGACGUCGCACUGUCUCAGAUUUAUCCUGAUUCAAAAACUUUUGUGGAUAAGAAACUAAAAUACAAUGAAUCUGUCAUUUUAUACAAAUACAAACAGUUUAAAGAUAGCUUCAACGGUGCAGUGCCGCCAAAAGAAAAUUUAACCAAAUUUGUCAAYGAAAAUUUAGAAGACGGUGACGAGUUGGAGAUAUGGACUCCUCCCGACUUUACUGAAUCUCCUUCGAUCGUGAACCGGAUUAAAGACAAGAAUUACAAACAGUGGGCAUUGGGAUUAAACCAAGUAUGGAAAACCCUAGCGAGGAAAGUUAAAGAAGACGUGAAAUUACACCCUGACAGGUACUCAUUGAUAUGGGUUCCAAAUGGGUUUGCCAUACCUGGAGGCCGAUUCACGGAACUUUACUAUUGGGACACGUACUGGAUUGUUAACGGAAUGUUAUUAUGUGACAUGUCGUCGACAGCUAGAGGCGUUAUCGAAAACAUAUUAUCGAUGGUAGAUCGAUUUGGUUUCAUGCCGAAUGGAGGACGAGUGUAUUAUCUGAAUAGAUCACAGCCGCCAAUGGUGACAUUGAUGGUAUCAAGCUACUACAAAGCAACCAAUGACUUUGAAUAUGUAAAAAAAGUCAUCUCUUCCUUAGAUAAUGAAUACAAAUUUUGGCUGGAUAACCGAAUGGUUACUUUCGAGAAAAAUGGCAAAUCGUACACAAUGGCAAGAUACUACGCACCGUCGAAAGGUCCAAGACCAGAGUCUUAUAGAGAGGACUACGAAUCAGCAGAAAUAUUUAAAACUGAAGACGAGAAACAGGAAUUUUAUACCGAAAUUAAGUCUGCGGCAGAGACUGGAUGGGACUUUUCAAGUAGGUGGUUUAUAACUCCCGAUGGCUCGGAUCGUGGUAAAUUGGCUGACAUAAAAACGAAGUUUAUAGUACCAGUCGAUUUGAACAGUAUACUACAAAAGAAUGCAGCGCUGUUGAGUACAUGGUAUAGCAAGAUGGGAGAUACAGCUAAAGCCGAGAAAUAUCAUGCAAUUUCAGAGAAGCUUCUCUACAGUAUACAAGAAGUUAUGUGGAGACCAGACCUGGGGGCGUGGUUUGACUGGGACAUGUUGAACAAUAAAAGUCGAGAAUAUUUUUUCGUUUCCAAUAUCGUUCCUCUGUGGACGGAAAGCUACAGCAUGGCGAAAAAGGCUGUAGCUAGUUCAGUGUUGGGAUAUCUAAAAAAUAACCAUAUUAUUGAAGCGGAUUAUUCUGUGAUUUUCAAUGGAACACCUACGUCUUUGUACAAUUCAUCACAACAGUGGGACUUUCCAAAUGCAUGGCCUCCUUUACAAGCUUUCAUCAUCCAAAGUCUUGACAAGACACAACAGAAACUUGCACAGCAGGUGGCAUUUAAAUUGGCUGAAGUUUGGUUACGUUCAAAUUAUAAAUCAUUCGCAGAGAAAUCAAUGAUGUUCGAAAAAUAUGACGUUCUAGCUUCGGGAGAAACUGGUGGAGGUGGUGAAUAUACUCCGCAGACAGGUUUUGGUUGGACAAAUGGAGUCGUGUUCGAGUUCUUAAAUCGAUGGGGUGAUACAGUAUCUAACGGGACAAACGGAUGUUCUUCCGGUUAUAGUUACUUGUGUGAUUUCAAUAGGAUCAGACAACAAUUAAUGUUUUGGACAAAUAAAAAAUGAUAUGAAAGAAAAAUGGGUAUAUUUUUGUCCAU